CCAGGGGGCAAACAUUGCGAGUCGGUAGAAGGAAAUGUCUGGCGAAAAGUUGUUUCCACGUCCAAAAAAAAAAGGAUUUUGGAGAGAGAUUAACACUUUUUCGCCGUUAUUGUAUCGCAAAUGGACUUGGGCAAUAUUGACGUGCGGAAAAUGUAAGUUUUCGUUUUAAUAACCGUGAAAUACGUGACAAAUAUACCGAUAAACUUCUUUGCUUGCGUAAGGUUUAUUGCGAAAUUUAUAUCAUGUAAUGGUCUAAAAUAUCACAAAAUUAGGCAUAAAUCCAGAGGAAACAACCCAAUAAAGCCUUUUCAGUUUCAUUUUACGUGUGUACAGCCUGUUUUCUUAUUAGGUACGUCUUUUAUAACCAAAUUAUGGCUUCUGGAAAUGUACCUCCUCAAAGGAGAGAAGUCGUCGUCAGAGGAGACGGAAACUGUUUUUACCGAGCUAUUGCUCUUUGGAGGGAUGAAAUGACCGAUGAGAAACACGAAGAAAUCCGUAGGUUAAGUUCUACCUUGAUUGAGAAAAAUCCGAAGGUUUUUCAGCCGCUACUGUUCUCUUCGAAUUCAGUGAAGGAACAUGUUAAGAAAAGCAUGAUCACGGGAACUUGGGCAGAAACUGUUGAUAUAUUUAGUUGUGCAUCGCUGCUUAAGCGACCGAUUUGCACCUUCUCGACGUCACAGAAAAAGUGGUUUACUUUUAAACCGAUUAUGUUCACUGAUUCAUGUCCAUCAAUCACAACAAAAAAGCAAUGCAGGUGUCCAAUCACUUUGAUGUAUUAUUGAUUUUAUGCUCAAGAAAACCAUUUCAAUCUCCUGCUGCCUCAAGGUAGCUGUUGUAGUGCUCCUCUACCCGAAAAUACAGCAUCCUCUGUUUCAAUAGAUUUAAGUACCACUGGUAAAUCAUAUGCCUCAGCUGUGAAACAAACUUCACAAGCUUCUUCUUCUGUCAAACUUACAUCUACAAGUACUAAAGCUGCUGGAUCCAAGCAACCUUGUCAAGCUUCAACCUCUUACAAUACAACAGCAUCAUCUUCAUGUACUAAACCAAGAGUCAAAAAGCCAUCUAAGUCUCCAAAAGCUACCGCUCCCACGGAAUCAUCUUCUAUUAAGCAACCAACUCCAGUUUCUAAACCUACUACUGCCAAAGCACCAUCUUCUGUCAAACAACAAACUCCAGUUACUAAACCUACCACUGACAAGCAAACAUAUCCUUUGAAACAACCAACUCCAGCUGGUAAUUCUCCUACUAAUGACAAGCAUCGACCACCUACAUCUACUUUUCAACAGCCAGUCCCAGGUAACAAAAUGACUGCUGCCAAGCAUCCAUCUUCUGUUAAACAACAAGCCCCGGCUACUACUCCUACUACCGCCAAGCAACCAUAUUCAUCUUCUACAAUGACCAGUUCUCAAAUAUCUACAGAUAAACCUACAGUUGGCAAGGAACCAUCUUCAAACCAAGCCAUUACUUCUACCUCUACUAAUGAGAAUAAGAAUAAUGCCAAUGACAAUGACAAUGACAAUAAUAAUAAUAAUCUGGACUUUGACAAAAUGGAUGUGAAAGAAAUUAAAGGAUUUAUCUCUGCAAGGGGUGUCCAAGCCUCCACUUACCGCAAACCUGAACUUAUUCAGCUGGCUAAAGCAGUGGCUAGUAUGAACCUUCCAACCGACCCUGACUUUGAAAAUGAUUCCAUUGAAAAAUGUUUGCUAAGACGCCUUACUUUACCAGCUGGUCAAAAACUCUCAGAUCCUUUUCAAAUGACAUCAUUGUCCAAUGACUUCUCACAACUGCCUCCAUUUGGACUGAUGGACAUUUUUAAUCAUCUAAUUAUGAGUAAAGCUGAUUAUGAUAAAAGAAUGCUGUCUUCCUGGCGUUCAUUUGAAGAAUAUAAUCUUUGUUCGAAUGGGCAUAUUCAGAACCUUGGAGUUAAAACUGUACAAGACCUUGAUGGCAGUAAU